AUGAAGAUCAAGAAGGUAGCAACAAAAACUGAAUUUGAGCAAAUAAUUGCUAGUGAGAAAUACUUAAUUUUGGUCGACUUCUUUGCCACGUGGUGUGGCCCCUGCAAAGUCAUAGCACCCCAGUUAGAGAAAUGGGCAGAGGAAUUUGAUGACGUCAUUUUUAUUAAAGUGGAUGUAGAUGAAAAUGAUGAAGCGGCAGAGGCCUAUGCCAUCCAAGCCAUGCCAACAUUCCUAUUUUUCAAGGGAGGUGUUAAAAUUGAUGAAGUUGUUGGGGCCAACCAAGAUAAGAUCAGGGAAAAGAUUCUAGCUUUGAAAUAA